GCGCUCUUCUCAUCCUGCUACUAGCUCGGUGUACUGUAUGGGGCACUGAGAUCGAAACGAGCGGUUGCUUUCACAGCAGUCGAAUUCGAUAUACAGCCGAUAAGUGACGCCACACCCGCUGCCAAGGCGCCGGCAUUGCAUCGCAACUCGUUCUGGAAGCUCUUCACGAUAUAUUACGAGAAACCACCAGUGCAGUAGAAGUGGGAAAACCCUCUCAUUUCUCAUUUCAUCACAGUCUUCGUCACCACCACUAUACGAGCAAGAAGGUGAUUUACAAUGGGUUAUCGCCAAGAUUACCUCGGCGAGGAGCCGACGCCUGGCUAUGGCAAGAAAGAACACAACGAGGUCGGCGCCGUCCCCAACGAUGAACUCGAAGGCUCGACGCACAUCCUCCAGGACCGCCUCCGCCGCUCUCUGUCUGCACGCCAGGUCCAGAUGAUCGCCAUUGGAGGGACCAUUGGCACCGGUCUUUUCCUCGGCACGGGCAAGUCGCUGGCUACCGGUGGUCCAGCAUCGAUUCUCAUCUGUUACGCCAUCGUUGGCUUCAUCGUCUUCAUCACGAUGCUCAGCCUCGGAGAGAUGGCUGCAUUUUUGCCAGUUGCCGGAAGCUUUUGCACAUUUGCUGGUCGCUUCGUGGACGAUGCCUUUGGCUUUGCUCUGACAUGGAAUUACUGGUUCAACGACGCUGUAUCAACAGCAGCCGACUUGGUGGCCCUGCAGCUGAUCCUGCAAUACUGGACCGACCACUUCCCUGGAUGGGCGCUCAGUUUGAUCUUUUGGUUUGUCCUAAUCGUCGUCAACAUCGCCACUGUGCGCGCAUACGGCGAGCUCGAGUACUGGCUCAGCCUCCUCAAAGUCAUCACUAUUGUUGUUUUCAUUGUCAUGGGCAUUGUCGUCAACUGUGGCGGCAACUCCGAGGGCCGCUACAUUGGUGCCGAGUACUGGCAUAUUCCUGGAGCUCCGUUCGUCGGCGGCAUCGGCGGGUUCGCGUCCGUCUUUGUCACUGCUUCUUUCGCGUACGGUGGUACCGAGUCGAUUGCCAUCACGGCGGGCGAGACCAAGAACCCUACUGUCACCAUGCCCAAGGUUGUGAAGAAUGUCUUUUGGCGAAUUCUCCUCUUCUAUGUCCUUGCCGUUCUUCUCAUCGGUCUCAACGUGCCCUACAACUAUCCCAACCUCAACUCCAAGGACACACGCACCUCGCCGUUCACCAUCGUCUUCCAGAUGACCGGAACAAAGGCCGCGGGCAGUGUCGUCAAUGCCGUCAUUCUGACUAGCGUCCUGUCUGCCGGCAACCAUGCGCUGUUCGCCGGAACAAGGCUGCUGUACACCUUGGCCAUGGAGGGCCACGCGCCGCGAUUCCUCGGCACCCUCAACCGUAACCAGGUGCCUUGGGUGGCUGUCCUGGUCACCGGUUUUGUCGCGGGACUCUGUUUCGGCUCCAGCUUCAUCGGUGCCGGUCAACUCUGGUCGUGGCUGCAAAACAUUGUCGGGGUUAGUAACCAGCUCAGCUGGAUUGCCAUUGGCGUCACUUCUCUCCGCUUCCGCGCCGCCAUCGCCCGCCAGGGCAAGACGCAUCUGCUGCCCUUUAAGAACUGGACGUACCCGUAUGGCCCCUGGUUCGCCAUCAUCCUCAACUCGUUCCUGGUCCUGGUGCAGGGCUGGAGCUGCUUCAGCCCAUCGUUUGACGGCGUUAGCUUCGUCAGCUUCUACAUCGAACUGCCCAUCAUGCUGGUCAUGUAUCUGGGCUGGAAAAUAUUCAAGCGGACCAAGUUUGUGACCCUGGACGAAAUGGACCUUGAGACGGACGUGCACACGGCUGAAGAGCAGGUGGAGGAAGAGAAGGGUUGGAAAGCAAAGGCAAAGACGGUUCUCGGAUGGUUGUUUUAAAGCACUGGCGUCGCUGUUGUGUUCCAGGCGUUUGUUCUGUUGUUUUUUCUGCGUUUCUCUUUCACGAUACGAUGACGAUAACCCCUCCCCGGAUUGGCAGCCGGCGGGAUUGUACAAAGCCAUUGACUGCGCAUUAUAGGUAGUCGGAUAUGCUUACAUGGU